AGGCCCUGGAUCUCUGCAGCUCAGUUGGAGGCCACGGAGAAGAUGCCUACUGUUCCCAUGGGAGCCCCUGCCCUGCUGUGGAUAGCUCUGCUGCUUUUCUCUCCAGAUGGCAUGUCAGCAGCCAACUGGAAAUCUAAGGUGUCCUUGAAUCCACCAUGGAGAGAAAUAUUUAGAGGAGAAACUGUGACUCUUACAUGUGGUGCGAACAGAUCCUCUGAAAAUGAGUCCUCUGUGUGGAUCCACAAUGGAACCACUUUGAAAGAGACAAAUUCAAGAUGGGACAUUGUGAAAGCACGCAUGCAGGACAGUGGGGAAUACCAAUGCCGAAUCAAAGGAUUUGCCAUUAGUGAACCUGUGUACCUAAACGUCAUCAGUGACUGGUUGAUCCUUCAGGCCUCUGCUGAGGUGAUGAUGGAGGGUGAGUCCCUCUUCCUCAGGUGCCACAGUUGGAAGAAUCUGAAUGCCUUCAAGGUGAUCUACUACAAAGAUAACAGAGCUCUCAAGUACUGGUAUGAAAACCACAACAUCUCCAUCACCAAUGUCACAGAAGGGGACAGUGGCAUCUAUUACUGUGUGGGCAGAAUUCAGAGGCUCAACUACACCUCUAAUAAACUCAAGAUUAUAGUAAAAAAAAAGUACACUCAAAGCAACUAUUUCUGGCUACAAUUUUUUAUCCCAUUGUUGGUGCUGAUUCUGUUUGUUGUGGACACAGGGUUGCUUAUCUCGACCCAGCAGCAGUUCACGUUACUCUUGAAGAUGAAGAGAAUCAGAAAACGCAACAGAUUUACGGACCCACAGCCUAAACCAGAUCCCCCAGGGAACUGAUGUCACUCCUCAAGAAACCUCUGCAAUAGCAGAGGUUUUUGGCUUUAGUAAACGCUUCUCAGUUGUCAAAGACAGCUCACAAGGUACAUAGAAAAAGCUCACGGCUUUAUAGAACUGCUUCAUUAAACUGAUCGAGUGGCAUGUAAUAGGAAGUGCUCAAUAAGCAUCAUUUAUAUAAGUAAAGAAAUGAAUAGAUUCAUUUAUUAGAAUCUGUAAAAGAGAUAUACAACUUGAAUAAAAGUAUGAAACCAUGUAAUGUGA